GUUGCGGUGGUGAAGAUGAAGAACACAGAACGCGUGUACGCAAUGAAGAUCCUGAACAAGUGGGAGAUGUUGAAGAGAGCCGAGGUAAGGAUCAUACUGGACUGUAGAAUCUCCCAUUGACACGUAGAAAUAGAAGUUCUAGAGCACACAUUCCCGCUCAAGUCAAGGUUCUGUGUUGGGCGUUCUGUUUCUAUGUCAUAGAGAAGAACCAUACCCGCUGCCAAUAAGUGCUCAAGGCUUCAUUUGCAUGGUUGACAAUGAUUGUUAGCCACGCUCACCCAGACAUGCACAAUCACCUAUCCAUCAGGAGAUUUCCUACGUACCUAAAUACAGCCUAGACCAAGUUCCCUGGGUAGGCAUAGUUCCAGAAACAUUCCAGAGUUUUUUUUUAGAAAUCCUGGUUUGAUGAUUUAUUCCCUGCUCCUGGUUCCAAGAAGGUUUCCCUCGCUGGUUAUUUCCUGCUCCUGGUUCCGGGAAUCCUCCAACCUGGAUUUCUGAAAAACCUGGGACCUUUGUUGGGAAUCAGUUUCAUUUUGUUGCACCCAUUUGAAGGGAAAUGGGUUUCACUGUUACCACACAUAGACUAUUAUCCUUAGAUGAUUGGCUGUAGUGCCCCUAACCACUGACCCAGGGUCACAUAUUAUUUCAUCCCUGAAGUGCUUAAGGUUUAGCAUUGAUCCUUAACAACUGAUCCUAGACUCGUGGUAAAGGAAAUUGAGCUGAACCUAGUCCUAGUCAGCCUCUAGAGGUAUUCUGGUGUUGGGUGAAUUUGCUCCUAGAUGCUGAUCUUGGAUCAGCUUUGCAUUUCCCGCACUAAUGGUUAAGGUUAGUAUUAGGGGGAGGGGAAGUUUACCUUACACCGGUAUUCUAGCUGGAGAGUGGAGACUGAUUGACUGACCGAGGGCCGGGCAGGACGGCCAUCUUCUUUUUACUGUGCUGCUCUCUACCUCUUGACCUAGUUUCAGCCCAAUGGGCUCGUGACAGUGGCCUGAGGCCCGGCACGCUGCGUCGCCAGAGCUUUUUGUCAGUAAUGGUCAGUAAUCCCCAUCCCACAAUCCCUCACUGUGUGUGCAGCCUGGGCAAUACAGAGGGGCGGGGUUUACGACUCUUACUGUAAACACAGCACAGCACUGCAGCAUGGCAUUCCAACCAGCAGCGGAGGAGGAAAGUUCAGUCUUUAUAGAUGGAAUGGAUAGAUGGACAGACGGACGGACAGACAGACGGACAGACACAGACAGAUAGGCUAGACUCUGCUGUACAUACAGCACUGCAGCAGGGCAUUCCAACCAGCAGCGGAGGAGGAAAGUUCAGUCUUUAUAGAUGGAAUGGACAGACAGACGGACAGACAGACGGACAGACAGACGGACAGACAGACGGACAGACAGAUAGGCUAGACUCUGCUGUACAUACAGCACUGCCUGCAGCAUGGCAUUCCAACCAGCAGCGGAGGAGGAAAGUUCAGUCUUUAUAGAUGGAUAGAUAGGUGGAUAGGUAAAUAAAUUGGUAUUUAGAGAGUAGAUAGAUGGACAUUCUGGUAAAAUACUGUCGCUACAAUCAGUUGUGUGAGAGUGCCCAUUUCCCAAUAGGUUAUUGCUUAGUUUUUUUUUUACUAUGUUUUUGUAAAUCUAAGGAUAGAUUUAGUAAGCAUCUGCACCUGUUCAAAGUUAUUUUCCAAAGGGGAAUCAAAGACAACAAAGUAAAGCUAUUAAACAUAACUUUUCCUACUUUGGUUCCUUUGUUUUAUAUGCUGUGGAAACACCAGGGGUGUGUUCAGUAUGGCACACUGUACCAAAAAUGUUUUGCAAUGGAAAACUAAAAUCUGUGUUCUUAUUGGUCAAGUUCAGGUAGUAAAGUAAGAAGCCUUGUGCGAUCAUUGGCUUGUGCGAGCCGGAAUGGCUCCUGUUUCUGUAGCGUGAGGCAGCUUGAUGUACAAGUACACCCCCUGGACAGGACACUAGUCUAUCUCAGGGCCUUACCCCCAAUCUAUCUCCUUAACGCUGAGUGCCAAGCAGAGAUGCGUCGGGUGCCAUUUUUUUUACAGUCUUUGGUAUGACUCGGCCGGUGAUCAAACUCCCAACCUUCCACGCUCAAACCACAAGGCCAUUGAGUUCUUAGUUUAGGUAGUACCUUCCCGUUAAAAAAAUUAUAAAGUUUGCUACAACUUUAGCUUUAUGAUUUUGGCAUUUAGCGUGAACGAUUAGUGAACUAGUUUGAUAAUAUGGACUACAUUUACAGAGUAGGGAAUUAUAAAUGCUGAGUGUAUUUUUGACACGUUCCUACGUUUCAGAGUUUGCACACACAAGCAGGGCUGCAACAUUUCUGGAAGCUUUCCCAAUGUUCCCAGGUUUUUCAGAAACACUGGUUGGAGGAUUCCUGAAAUCAGGAGGGUGUAGUAAAGAGAAACAUACCGCUAGUCCAGUUUUCCCCCAUGACAUCAGUCUCGUCAUCUAAUAGGGAGCGUGAGUGAGAGCCAGCGAGUGGGGGGGGGGGGGGGGGUCUAUGAAUGAUCGUUUGUAUGCCAGUGAAAGACUACUGGAGUGAGAUGGAGGGUACGGGAAACAUAGUAGACUGAGAGGAGGAGGGUCAAAGAUGUGGUUUUUGGUGAUUUAUCAAGAAUUCCAAGUUCAAUCUGACCUGAAUGAAAUGGACCUUUUUUUAAAGUUGAUUUGACUGUUUUCCAAUGCUGUGUUAAUCCUCAUCCCUGAGAGAGAGAGUUGAGGUUGUAGCCUUUCUGUGUGUAUGUCAUAGUUGACCCCUCGAUACCAUUGUUUCCCCCCUUCAGACGGCGUGUUUCCGCGAGGAGAGGAAUGUUCUGGUGAACGGAGACUGCCAGUGGAUCACCACCCUCCACUAUGCCUUCCAGGACGACAACUUCCUGGUAACAGCUUCACACACACACACACACACACACACACACACUAGUGUAUACUCUGUGUGUGCACGUACACAGUACAACCCAUGUCCUGUCUCAUCUCCGCAGUACCUGGUGAUGGACUACUAUGUGGGCGGUGACCUCUUGACCCUGCUCAGUAAAUUCGAGGACCGUCUCCCAGAGGACAUGUCCAAGUUCUAUGUGGCCGAGAUGGUGCUGGCCAUCCACUCUAUACACCAACAACACUACGUCCACAGGUAA